AGCUCUCUGUAGUGCUAGUAAAAUGGGAAUUUUAAUAUUUAUAAAGUUAUGUGCUGUUAUAAGCUCGCUGGUGUUUCUGACAGGGGUAAACAGUGAUACUAUAGAGACGAAAGCUGGCCAGUUCUUCAGUAGUGGUCACACCAACAACUGGGCUGUACUGGUUUGUACGUCUAGAUUCUGGUUUAACUAUCGCCACGUUGCCAACGUGCUGUCUGUGUACAGGAGUGUGAAGAGGCUGGGCAUUCCAGACAGUCACAUCGUACUGAUGCUAGCUGAUGACAUGGCCUGCAACCACAGAAACCCCAGACCUGCCACUGUGUUCAGUCACAAGAACAUGGAGCUGAACGUGUACGGAGACGACGUCGAGGUGGAUUAUCGUGGAUAUGAGGUGACGGUGGAGAAUUUUCUUAGAGUGCUGACUGGACGACUCCCGCCGAGCACUCCUCGCUCCAAACGACUGCUGAGUGAUGAUCGCAGCAACAUCCUCAUCUACCUCACAGGUCAUGGGGGGAACGGCUUCCUGAAGUUCCAGGACUCGGAGGAGAUCAGCAACGUUGAGCUUGCCGAUGCCUUCGAGCAGAUGUGGCAGAAGAGAAGGUAUAACGAACUGCUGUUCAUAAUCGACACCUGUCAGGGGGCGUCCAUGUACGAGAGGUUCUACUCACCCAAUCUCAUGGCUCUCGCCAGCAGCCAAGUAGGAGAGGACUCACUAUCACACCAGCCAGACCUGGCUAUAGGGGUUCACCUGAUGGACAAGUACACCUUUUAUAUGCUGGAGUUCCUGGAAGAUAUUCAUCCUGCCAGCCAGAACAACAUGAAUGAUUUGUUCAAGGUGUGCCCACCAAGCCUGUGCGUGUCCACUCCAGGCCACCGUACCGAUUUGUUCCAGCGAGACCCGGGCAGUGUUCUGAUCACAGAUUUUUUCGGCAGCGUCCGCAAAGUGGAGAUCACUCGGGAGGUCAUCGAUCUGCCGGCCUUAACAGAGGAGCCAUCGGAAGCGAUGUCUGUCGGACAAAAGCAGCAUGGUGAGGUUAAAGUUCUGUCAUAUGUGGACCAAUUACCAGUCGCUGAAAUCAUACAUCAGAAACCCAAGCAGAAGGACUGGCAUCCACCAGACGGCUUCAUCCUCGGCCUGUGGACGCUCAUCAUUCUCGUCUUCUUCAAAACUUACGGCAUCAAGCACCUCAAGCACAUCUUCUGAUCUAGGAGUGCUCGACCGGCGCCCCCUCGCCCGGGUCUCGAAUUAUUAUUCCUGUCUGCCUAAUUGUAAUGUAGACGGCUCCGGUGCUUGAGAAACACUCCACCACUCCGUUUGAAAAGCCUGAAGUGGGAUUUUAAAGGCGGUACGGACUGAAUACUGACUUGGAAGUUGCUUUGUUGUCCUCCGUUUCGUGCCGUGAUCUGCUGAAACUUCAGCACAAGGGAUUUCUUUUGAAAGGAGCAGGCGCACUGGAAGCCUGCGGUUCCAAACUCGUUUUUCUUUUCCGUUUUUCACUUCUUUUUUUUUGCUUUUACCUUUUGAUAGUCACUCAAGGACGAAGUCACUUCAAUACGUCUGCUGUUGGAUUCAGUGGAAAUGUUCCUUCCUCAGCAUUUUGCUCUCUGUAAUGUACGUCUGGUCACGUGGACUCCUGCAAUUGUUACUUGAGGGAAUAAUUCCGGCCAAUAAAUCAGUUUCAAGCUGUUUUUUUAUGUUCAGGCUCGGGUCUGGGGGGUAUAACAAACCGGGGGCUGGUCUCGGAAGAGAGCCAAGGCAUUGUGUGAGCAGAUGAACAGAAUUAAAAGUGCAGCGUCUCCUUAUAUUGUGUUUUAUAGUUUCAUUUAUUUGUGCUUGUUUAACUGAAUGAACUUUGUCACUGAUGUCUUGGCCGAUCAACUGCACUGACUGUAAGAAUAAAACAAAUUCAAAAGAA